ACGAGGCUCGCGAGCCUGUGGCGCCCCGCCGUCUAGCGUCUCCGGGAGGGGGAGGAGCAGAAGACAGAAGAGCCAUGAAGAAGCACCUGAGCCCCUCCAAGCAGCCGCAGCCCCCCCCGGCGGAGGACGCCGCUCCGCCCCCGGCCGCGGCCCCGGUCCCGGCCCCGGCCCCGAUCCCGGUCCCGGUCCCGGUCCCGGUCCCGGACGUGAGCGUCCAGCAGCUGAACGAGCUGCUGUCGGACGGCAGCGGCUUCUACAGCCUCCCGACGCAGCACUUCAACGAGGUCUUCCCCAGGAUCUACAUCGGGAACGCCUUCGUGGCCCAGAAUGCAAUGCGGCUGCAGAAACUGGGCGUGACGCACGUUCUCAACGUGGCGGAGGGAACCUCCUUCAUGCACGUCAACACCAGCGCCGAGUUCUACAGCGGCACCGGCAUCACGUACCACGGCAUCCAGGCCAACGACACCGAGCACUUCAACCUCAGUGCCUUCUUCCAGGAGGGGGCGGAGUUUAUCGACAAGGCCCUCGCUCACAACAACGGCAAGGGAAAGGUGUACGUCCACUGCAGGGAGGGCUACAGCCGCUCCCCCACCAUGGUGGUGGCCUACCUCAUGCUGCGCCACCGCAUGGACGCCCGGCUGGCCGUGGCCACGGUGCGGCAGCGGCGCGAGAUCGGCCCCAACGACGGCUUCCUGCGCCAGCUGUGCCGCCUGCACCAGCAGCUGGCCGCCGAGGGCCGGCUGGACGGGGACGGGGGCCGGCCCAAGACCAAAUGAGGGCGGGGAGGGGCCCUGACCGAACCAGCACCCUCCAACACGCCGGGGUCUUUCUCACGCACACACUCCCACGCCGGCCGCUUCCUGUUCGAUUCCCUCCACUGGUCCCCGGCUGACCUCUGACCUCUGACCUCCAGUCCAGAGCGCUCAGAGCCUGAAGCAUUCCUCCAUCCCCCGACGGAAGGUUUUAAAUCAGACUUCUAGAAGAAAGCACAAUCAUUCCAUGGUGUUCCACUGCCCCGUCUCCGCCAGCAGGAGCACGGUUCGAUUCCCGAACAGCCGCCUGGCAGGUGGUUCAAGAACCGACCAAACAUUCCGGAACCUGAACUCACCCCAAACCCUGUCCAGACCCUGUCCAGAAUCACCUGAACCCCGUCCAGAAUCACCUGAACCCUGUCCAGACCCACCUGAACCCUGUCCAGACUCAUCCUGAACCAGGUCCAGACCCUGUCCAGACUUCAGCUCCUGCCUGUCGGGACAGAAAUCCAGCCCCCCUUUACAGAAGACUCCCCCUCCGGAGCGAGCUGGAGCCCCGGUACCGACCCCCCUACCUUCCAUACUGGUUCAGGCCUCUGGACCGGUCCUCUGGACUUGCUCUGGACCCCCGGCUUUAGCCUCUG